AUGACUUUUGAUCAAUUAGAUAAACCUGAACAAUCAGUCAAAACUUUGCAAGUAGUUGCAAGUAGUCGAGUUAAUAAACUUAAAUUGAUAUAUCUGAAUAAACAAAUAAACUCUUCGAUGACGUCAGAUUAUCUUUCUAAUUGCAAUUUGUUGCUUUAUCAUCUACGAUCUAUGUCUUUUGACUUUGAACGAAAAUACAUCAAAAGCACAGAUCGUGUUUUUAUCGUUAAACAAAUACUUGAUAUUACACCAAAUCUAUUACACCUUAAAAUUGACUGGGAAGAUUUUCGUCAUUGUUCAAAAACAUAUUCAAAUAUAAAACAUUUACAUCUUGUAUUAGAUCGAAUAUAUCCCGAACCUAAAAAAUAUUUUAAUAUUCGUCGAUUAACUCAAUUAACACCUCAUCUACAUUCUCUCGAGACAAGCAAUGCAAAUAUAAUGUUCUAUGAACAUCUUCUUGGAUUUGUUUUGAAAAUUAUUCGUCAAUUUCAUCAAUUAGUGUAUUUAAUACUAAAUAAGGAUGGUCGUUAUCCAGCCAAAGAAGAAAUCAAAACAACGUUCAAAGAAAAAUUAAUAGCAACUGGACAUAAUCAAUCAUUUGAUUGUAACAAUAUUCGAAUAGAAUUCUCUCACUUGAAUGAACUAUAUAUUUGGCUUUAAUGUUGUAACAUAGAAAAUUAUGUGUGAUUAAUAAAAAUAUUUUAUACUAAUAGAGAUAUGAAAAAAGAUUUAGUAUUAAAACAAAGUCAAAUGUUCAAUGUGAGCUCAUGUUCUAUCUGUUUUACUAAAUUCAUCAUCAGAAAGUAAAUAUUCUGUUAAUUCUACAAUACAACAAUUUUUAGAUGGAUUAAUGAUUGAACAAUGGAAUGUUUCUAGUCGAUGUACAGGGUUGCGAAAAAUGUUUUGCCCGGGGGUAUAGCUCCAAUGGCAAAUGAUUUCAACAUUGAAUUUUAUACCAAAUGAGAGUUCGUGAAAAAUGGGAUCUAGUAAUAUAACUGACCGUUCAUAAGAUUAUAAUGGGCGAUGGAAAUACUAAAAGCUUGAAAUUUUUGAGACAUAAUUGGAUACUUCCAUAGGUAAUUCACCACU